AUGAUUAAUGUAGAAUCGACAGUUUUAUACGAAGCAGCUGCUUUACAUUCGAGAUACAAAGCCAAUAAUGUGCCUAUUUCUGACAUAGCUCUUCUUCUUGUUGGCAAAGAGUUUAAUCCUGGUUUAUACUCAUCUCGUGAUUUUAACCUUUCUAUUGCCAUUGAAGAGUCUGUGGAGUUAUUGUCUAGGAAUGGAAAUUUAGAUGUGCCUUUUUUUACAGAAAAGCUGGAACACUGCGAACUUUUAGGAUCAUCUCCUAUUGGAUACGCUUUGUUUGCAGAUGCUAUAGAUGACAAUGUCAUAUCCUUUUUAGAACAGAGUCCGAAUGUUGUGAAGUUAAAAUUCUUACUUCUUUUCCCCUCGAAUUUCAACUUGAAUGAGUUAAAACUUUAUAAAAUCCCUGAUGACAUUCGAAAUCUCGGUGGUGAUAAUUACAUUCCCAUUCCUUUUGAAAUCAGUGAAUAUCCAUCGGGUUAUUUUUCAGCCUUACAAACGUUGGCACAACUCGAUUCGACGGAAGACGAGAAUUCUAUAAAUAAGAAUUCUCAAAGAUUUACUGUCGAAAAACUUCAGUCAAGUGCUUCACAUUUGAUAAAACGCCUUGAGGAUCCCUCGCAAUUUUCGCAGCAGGAUUUGUUGUCCAUUUCACAUGCUUGUCGACUUUUGGAUUCUAUGGAAGUUCCUAGUGAGACAUACAUCAAUGAAAAACUACAGGUUACUAUGAUAUGCAAUCUACAAAAGCUUUUACAUUGUACUGAUCUAAUUGAGAAAUACUCGAAUUAUGUUGCUGCUUAA